UAUGGAAUCAAUACAUGAUAAUCGAGGUGCAAGAAAUCAAUUAAUCAUUGUGGCUAUUUUAUGCGCAAUUUUUAUGAUCGGCGAAAUAGUUGGUGGAAUAAUUGCAAGUAGUUUAGCAUUACUCUCCGAUGCCCUUCACCUCGGUAGCGAUCUUGCUGGAUUUAUUAUAAGUCUAGUUGCAUUGUGGUUGGCUAAGAAACCGGCAAAUUCGAGAAUGACCUUUGGCUAUUAUAGAGCUGAAGUCGUGGGUGCUUUAAUAAGCGUUAUAAUAAUUUGGUUAGUUACUGCUAUUUUGGUCUAUGCUGCAGUGCUAAGAAUAAAAGAUCAAAACUAUGAAAUAAAACCAUUAAUAAUGCUGAUAACAGCAUCAGCUGGAGUUGCCUUUAAUAUUACGUUAGGUAUCAUUUUACACUGUAGUAAAUGUCACUGUAACGUUGCUCAUGGUCAUUCGCAUGGAGCUGAUAGAACAUUUAUAAUUGACAACGACGCCCUAGCUCAACAGGAUAGCGAAAACAGCAACAACACUUUUAACGAUACAAAUACACAAAACGAUAAUAUCAAUGUUAAAGCCGCUCUUAUCCAUGUCAUUGGAGAUUUGAUUCAGAGUUGUGGAGUUGUAAUCGCUUCUGUUAUCAUCUUAAUAAAACCACAAUAUAAAAUUGCCGAUCCCAUCUGUACAUUUCUGUUCAGUGUACUAGUGCUUAUCUCUACAAUUAGAAUACUUAGAGAAAUUGGAUUUGUCAUUAUGGAAGGUUCGCCAAAUGAAAGUCAGUUACAUAGAUUAGAGAGUGAUCUCAAGUCCAACUCAUUAAUAUUGUCCAUACACGAUUUGCAUGUUUGGUCUUUAACGACAAACAGACUGGUUGCAUCAGUGCAUAUCGUUGUGAAUAAUAGACAAGUUGAGACAAAAGAAAUCGAGAACUUUGCUACAGAAUUGUUGAAGCGAAAAUAUGGUGUAAGGGCUGGUAUUUCAGACAUGACAGGUCUUCUAAGUGAAGGCAUCAUGUUCGGUUAUGCUAAACAAGAUCAAGAAGCCAGAGGCUUACAUCUUAGACAAUUUAGCCGAGCUUACGUUGUAGCUGAUCGGAACGGAAAUUCUAGAUUUGCACUCCUUUCAAUCGAAGUUGCAACAUCAUCUGACGCUAUAAGAGAUAGCGUUGUUGAAAAACUAAGAGAAACAUAUGGCGAUUUAUAUACGCAUACAAAUGUUAUGAUCACUGCUCAGCAUACUCAUAGCGCACCUGCUGGAUAUCAUACUUAUUGGAUGUUUCAAACGGCGGCAGGUGGCGGUUUUGUCAAUGCUACUUUCCAAGUAUACGUUGAUGCAAUUGUUGAUAGUAUCAAAAAAGCUCAUAAUAACCUUAAACCUGGAAAUGUCUUAUUUAACGAGGGAGACCUUCUUAACGCCAACAUAAAUAGAAGUCCAGCAGCUUAUUAUAACAAUCCUAAAGAAGAGCGGGAUAAAUACGAAUAUGACGUUGAAAAGCGUAUGAGUUUGUUAAAAUUUGUUGCGGAAGAUGGCUCCUCCAUCGGCUCUUUUAGUUUCUUUCCCGUUCAUACAACCAGCAUGUUUAAUAGCAAUCACUUAGUCAGCUCAGAUAACAAAGGGGUAGCCGCUCUCCUCAUGGAGAAAGAUUUGAAUAAUAAUGCCUUCCCUGGUCAAGGAUCAAUUGUCACUUCUUUCGCUCAAAGCUGUCAAGGUGACGCUUCACCCAAUGUUAAUGGGUUUUAUUGCGAUACGGGAGAACCUUGUGAUUAUUGGAGUGGAGCUUGCGAUGACGACGUUCGUAGAUGUCAAGCUAGAGGACCAGGAAGUAAUAUGUAUGAAAAUACUGUAAUUAUUGGUGAAAGGCAGUAUAGAAAAGCAAAAGAGUUGUUUGAAUCGUCUACUGAAGUUUUACAAUCCGAUAUUGGCUCUGUUCAUCAAUGGGUUAAUUUUACUGGCAUUGAAGUAGAAAGUAACGGACAAACGUAUAAAACUUGUGCUCCAGCAAUGGGUUACAGUUUUGCCGCAGGUGCCGUUGAUGGCCCAGCUCUUGGACCACCUUUCGUUCAAGGACUAAAUGAAAGUGAUCCAGUUAUUGAUACUAUUCGUGAUCUGAUUUUGCCUGCAUCUGAAGAAUUGUUAGCUUGUCAUGAACCAAAACCAAUCUUAAUUUCAUCUGGAGAAGCUGAUGAUGAAUGGCCAUGGCAACCGGAAGUAUUACCUUUGCAAGUGUUUAGACUAGGCAGACUAAUUAUACUUGGCAUUCCAGCAGAAGUAACAACAAUGUCAUCUAGAAGAUUUGUUGCUGCAUCUGAACAGGUUAUGAGAGAAAAUGGUAUUGAUAACCCGAAAGUUAUCGUUGCUGGCGUUACAAAUAUGUAUAUUAAUUAUAUCGUCACACCUGAAGAAUACGAGAUACAAAGAUACGAGGGAGCGUCUACUGUUUUUGGACAAUAUACUCUUAAUGCCUAUAUAGAAAAGUUGAAACCUAUGAUCCAGUCCCUUAUUCGCGGUGAGGCCGUUGAGCCUGGAACACCUCCUCCAGAUUUGAGAGAUAAACCUGAAGAAAUUUUAGAACCCAUUAGAACUGAUCUCACCCCGAAUGGAUUUGACUUUGGAGAUGUUUUGAAUAAUACAAACGAAGCUUAUAAACAAAAUGAAACUGUUACAGUUGUAUUUGUAUGCGGAAAUCCAAGAAAUAAUUUAAUGACUGGAAAUACUUUCCUAACUGUUGAAAAAGAAAAUGGUGGUUCAUGGACAACUGUUUUUACAGAUGCUCAUAUCGAAACAAGAUACUAUUGGGAAUCAAACUGCGAAGAUGACGAAGGAGAAGAUCCUUCGUGCGAAACGGAACAAUCUUCAAAAGCAAGAAUAACAUGGGAUAUACCAAUAAAUCAAGAUGCUGGAACUUAUAGAAUAUCUCACUUUGGUCACGCAAGACUAGCCGAUGGUACAGUUAAGCAAUACGAAGGGAGAAGUGGAAACUUUGAAGUUCGUCCAUUAUAA